CGGGGGCCGCGGCGCCGCUGAGGGCCCUGGCGGACCACCUCAGGCAGUCGCUGGCCGAGUGGUUCAGUGUGGGGCUGCUGCACCUGCAACCCAUAUCCUGGCAGCACUCCCCGGCGGCUCUGCUGGAGCGUGUGAUGCGCUGCGAGGCGGUGCACCCGCUGGGUGGCAGCUGGUCGGAGCUGCGGCGGCGGCUGGGGCCGGGGCGGGCGGUGUUCGCGUUCACGCACCCCUGCCUGCCGGGGGAGCCGCUGGUGGUGCUGCACACGGCGCUGAUGCAGGGGCCCGCAGCAGCGAUGAGUGAGAUCCUACUGGACGAGCGCCAGCAGCCGGAGCAGCAGCAGCCGGGCGCCCCCUCCUUCCCCUCCCCCUUCCAUCCACUACCACUACCACCACCGCCCCCUCCCACCACCGCCGUGUUCUACUCCAUCUCCGCCGGCCAGCCGGGGCUGCGGGGGGUGGAGCUGGGCACCUUCCUCAUCAAGCGGGUGGCGGAGCUGCUGCGGUCCCAGCACCCCAGCAUCCGCCAGCUGGUGACCCUCUCACCGCUGCCCAGCUUCCGGUCCUGGCUCACGUCCCGACUCAUGCAGGAGCAGCAGCAGCAAGCGCAGCAGUGGGAGCCGCAGCGGCAGCAGCCAGCAGGGGAGCCAGCGGGACACGGCAGCAGCAGCAGCAGCAGCACCACCCCCCAG